GCACUAGAUCUCCUACAAAGGGAGUUACUGCUUAUGAUAGGGCCUGUCAUUAUAGGACCGAUGCAGGAGCACGAGGAGCCUCAGCCUGAGUAGCCGCGAGAGACGACGCCGAUGCAUGAUGAGCUAGGGUAUGAUGGGUAGAGGGGCCAGUCUAGGUCAAAGCCGGCAGUUGAGGAUGGUGAGAGAGGUGCGAUGGGACCCUCAUCAUUGGACGGAUCACCGUUACUGAGCGAGAGUCGAUUGGCUGAGCAGCCAAAUGAGCCUGAGGGUUCAUUGACUGCCCAACUAUAUGACAUGGAAUCUCCUAGUAUGCAGAUGCGACAGGAGGUAUCCCAGCCCCCGGCCAUGGACAUGGAGAUAGAGCGAGUUGAGGCCGAGGUCUUGGGGCUAGAUAGAGAGGGUCUUAUGGAGGACAUGCAGACCCAGCGAGUGGAGACGUCACCAUUAGACUUUGGGGAUACUCCACGACGAGAUGGUGAUCAGGCUAAGGCCAGUAUGAGGGGGCACAUUGAGGCAGGCACGGAGCAUACACAGAACGCAUCUUCGACUCAUGAGGAGGAGAGCAUGCCGGAGUCUCGGGGACCGAUAGAUCAUGAGUCCGUCAUGAGGGAUGCAUGGCUAGCCGAGGAGAUGGGACGGAUGCCAUCAUUACAUUUUCCAGGUUGGCUGGCUUUUGAGCGACUGGGCCAGGUCGCGAGACCACACUUGUCAGUUGAUCAGACCACUUGUGGGCUCAGGGUACUGUAUGACGACUUAACCUUGCAGAGGAACUAUAUUGGUAGUGGCCUCGAAGCAGCUCGACUAGCGAUAGAGCAGGUUCGGGAUUACACGAGGAGAGUUGCCAUCCGAUCCUUUGAGUUGAGUUGCGACAGACAGAUGGAGCACGAUGCACUGAGAGAGGUGGAGGAGGUUAGGAUGAGGAGACGGACAGGAGAGGAUCCUAUGCUUGAGGGCGAGCGUACGCAUGCGGAGGAGGAGCUUCAGGCGAGAUUGUUGUCUGAUGCCUCAGUACGAGAGUUGGUGGGAGUGACUGAGCAUGUCAAGAGACUCGCGCAGACCGAGGUUGCACGAGGAGAGGUGCUUCAGGAUGCCGUACAAUGGAUCGGUGCUCUCGAGCGGGAGAACAGAGGACUGAGAGACACGGUACGUGAUCUUGUCACUAGCGCCGAGCGGGCAAGACAGUCCACCUCGAGGCUCGAGCAGAGGAUUACUGACCUAGAGGGAAGUAGGAGGCGUCAGGCCACCACAGAUGUGGUUAACGAGAGGAGGACUAAGGAGCAGCAGAUUCCUCUUGGACAGACACAUGUCUCUCAUGAGGUAGAGCCAGGUGGAGUGAGACUGGAUAUCCCACGRCGAGACUCGCCGACGGAGGAGCCACUUGGGGCUAUGGGGAUGACAUGUGAGGAAGCAGCAGUCGUCGACAAGCUCAUGCUUGAGCCAGACGAGAUCGAGAGGAGAAGAGGGGCAGAGGCACGAGGUUUGGACUGGGUCUCUCCCUCAGAGUCGGCGGUUCAGAGGGAUGCAUGGCGAGGAUUGGGUGGAAGACAUGACGAGCGAGAGAGAGUUUCAGAGCUACGAGAUGUCAUGCCACAAGAGGACACGAGCGGGUCAGCAACAAUACUGCCGACGACUCUGCCGCUUACACCAGCUCCAGUUUUGGGGCCGAUGGACGACAUAAUGCACCUCCUUUCUUCAGGGUCUGAGAAAUGUGACGAGGAGGCGAUGUUUGAGAGAGUCUCGAGGAUGUUGAGUCCUGAUACAGUCGACAAAGCCAUACAUGAUGUGACAAUCCGACUCGAGAGGGCACAGACUCAGAUCUUACCCAAGCCUUAAAAGGCGAAGGUAGAGGGCAGCUGUACAGGUAAUAUGUGCUCAUGGUGUGAUAGAGGAGUGCACGAUAGAGUUGUUUGCCCCGCCUUCCAGGUUGACCUCAUGAGGCAAGUCGUGCAGUUCGAUGGAUAGGGGAUGGUCAGGGAUAUGCGUGGCGCUCGUCUUCCAACACGACGUCAUGGUGCUAGGAAAGUUGUGUAUGAUAGACGAGGCCUAGAGCUGAGGGAGGGUGAGUGACAUAUUACAUGACCACGAGACGC